GGGGUCUGGGGCUCCGGCGGGGGCCAUUUUGCCGUAGGCGGCCUCUAGGGUUCCGGGGCCAGAUUGGCAACUCGCUGAAGCUGUUCCUUUUCAUUCUUUGCAGCUUGCGACUUGGCGUGGAGUAAGAAGAUUGGGCUCCGGAAAGCCCAUCGGAGACGAUGGUUUCCUUCAGUCUCCGCCACUUGACCACCCUCCAUGGCGGCUGCGCCCUCCGCGCUGCUCCUACUGCCGACUUCAGCUUUCUGUACCUAUUGCCUCCAAAGCCGCUGUCGACCUUCCGCCCCAGAGACUGAUGAUAGUCCAAGUGGGGGCACCAUGAGAGGAGAGAAAAACUACUGCUGCCGUGGAGCUGCUGGGGAUCAUGGUUCCUGCCCUCCGACACCAUCACCCCUGGCCUCGGCCCUCUUGAUGCCCACGGAGACAAUCUCAAGUAGUUGGUCUGGGUCUGGGGGUGGUUUGUCAGGGGGAGACGAAGAGGAGACGCGGCUCCUACAGCACCUACGCACUGUGCCUGAUCCUUCCGAGGCCUUCCAGGCUUUGCAGGCUGCUUUGCCCCGGCGGGGUGGUCGACUCGGCUUUCCCCGACGUAAGGAAGCAUUGUAUAGGGCUCUGGGCCGAGUGCUCGUGGAAGGAGAUAGUGAUGAAAAGCGACUCUGCUUGCAACUCCUUUCGGAUGUUCUCCGGGGUCAGGGGGAGGCAGGCCAGCUGGAAGAGACAUUUAGUUUAGCGCUUUUGCCGCAACUAGUUGCCUCCUUACGAGAAGAAAACCCUGCCCUGCGGAAAGAUGCCCUGCAGAUUCUACACAUAUGUCUGAAACGUAGUUCUGGGCAGGUGCUGAGAACACUUAUACAGCAAGGUUUAGAAAGUACGGAUGCCCGACUUAGAGCUUCCACAGCACUACUGUUACCUGUCUUGCUCACUCCUGAGGAUUUGUUGCUUGGCCUAGAUCUUACUGAGGUGAUAAUAUCGUUAGCUCGAAAACUUGGCGAUCAGGAAACAGAAGAAGAAUCAGAGACUGCUUUUUCAGCACUUCAACAAAUCGGGGAGCGACUAGGCCAAGAGAGAUUUCAAUCCUAUAUCUCUCGUCUGCCUUCUGCUCUGAGGAGACACUACAAUCGCCGCCUGGAAUCCCAGUUUGGAAGUCAGGUUCCUUAUUAUUUGGAACUUGAAGCCUCUGGAUUUCCUGACGAUCCCCUUCCCUGUGCAGUGACUCUUUCCAACAGCAAUCUUAAAUUUGGGAUUAUUCCUCAGGAGCUGCAUUCAAGAUUGUUAGAUCAAGAAAAUUAUAAAAACCGGACUCAGGCAGUUGAGGAACUAAAACAGGUGAUGGGACGAUUUAACCCUGGUUCUACCCCUCAUUCUAGUCUUGUCGGUUUCAUUAGCUUGCUGUAUAACUUAUUAGAUGAUUCUAACUUCAAAGUGGUCCAUGGCACACUUCAGGUCCUACACUUACUAGUUAUUCGCCUUGGAGAUCAGGUACAGCAGUUCUUGGCACCAGUUAUAGCAGCUUCUGUCAAAGUGCUGGCAGAUAACAAGUUGGUGAUUAAACAAGAAUACAUGAAAAUCUUCCUCAAGCUAAUGAAGGAAGUUGGUCCUCAACAGGUGCUUUGUUUACUUCUGGAUCAUCUCAAACAUAAACAUUCCAGAGUAAGAGAGGAGGUGGUGAACAUUUGCAUCUGCUCCCUCCUGACAUAUCCCAGUGAAGAUUUUGAUUUACCCAAACUGUCUUUUGAUCUUGCCCCAGCUCUUGUAGAUAGCAAACGCAGGGUACGCCAAGCAGCUCUGGAAGCUUUUGCUGUGUUGGCAUCAUCAAUGGGCUCAGGUAAAACUAGUAUACUUUUCAAAGCUGUGGAUACUGUUGAGCUGCAAGAUAAUGGCGAUGGAGUUAUGAAUGCUGUGCAGGCCCGAUUGGCUAGGAAGACCCUCCCAAGGUUAACAGAACAGGGAUUUGUGGAAUAUGCAAUACUUAUGCCAUCUUCUGCACAGGGUAGGUCAAGCCAUUUGACACAUGGAGCAGAUGCAGACUGGCUUUUGGCUGGUAACAGAACUCAAAGUGCACAUUGUCACUGUGGUGACCACACAAGGGAUAGCAUGCAAUUGUAUGGAUCUUAUAGUCCAACUAUCUGUACUCGAAGGGUGUUAAGUGCAGGAAAAGGAAAAAAUAAAUUACCGUGGGAAAAUGAACAGCCUGGAGUAGUGGGAGAAAAUCAGACUUCUAAUUCCAAGGAUAUAGAACAGUUUUCAGCGUAUGAUUUCAUCCCAUCUCCAAAAUUAAAACCUUCUCAAGGUCAAUCAUCAGUCAAUGAUGAUUUAUGUUUUAGCAGAAAAAGAGUGUCAAGAAACUUAUUUCAGAAUAGUCGAGAUUUUAACCCAGACUCUCUUCCUGUAUGUGCUACUGGGACUACUGGGACUUAUCAAACAAAUAUUUCUGGGAAAUGUGGACAAUUUGGAUUAUCACAGAUAUGUGGUAAAACUGGCAGUGUGGAUUCUGAUUUACAGUUCCUGGGGACAACUAGUAAUCAUCAAGAUAAAGUGUAUGCCAGCCUAAAUUUUGGCAGUAAGACACAGCAAACAUUUGGUAAUCAAACGGAACGAACUUCAUCAUACUCCGGUUCAAAUCCAAAUCCAGGAUCCUUCAUCCUUCCAUCUUAUCCUCUCUCAUCACCUCGAACGAGUCCAAAGCACACAUCUCUUACUGUAUCUCCAAAGAAGACUCAAGAUAAUUCUGCUAAUUUCUCAAAUUCCUGGCCUCUUAAAAACUUUGAAGGACUAUCAAAGCCAAGUCCACAGAAAAAGUUGCUCAGCCAAAAAGCAUCUGACAUUACAGGAGAAAAUUCUCAAGAAAAACCUGCAGUUCAGCUUACACCUGCCCUGGUGAGAUCACCAUCUUCUCGGCGAGGCCUAAAUGGGACCAAACCUGUCCCUCCAAUACCAAGAGGAAUCAGUCUUUUGCCUGAUAAAGCUGACUUAAGCACAGUGGGACCCAAAAAAAAAGAGCCUGAUGACAUUUGGAAGAGUGAAAAAGAUAAUUUUACAAUUGAUCUUUCAGAAUUAAAUAUCAGGGAUAAAGAUUUGGAUCAAGAAGAAAUGCAGAGUUCUCUGAGGUCACUUCGUAACAGUGCAGCUAAGAAAAGAGCAAAACUGAGUGGCAGUACUUCUGAUCUUGAAAGCCCUGAUUCUGCAAUUAAGCUUGACUUGACCAUGGACUCUCCAUCUCGAUCUUCCUCUCCAAACAUCAGCUCUUACAGUGAAAGUGGUGUUUACAGUCAAGAAUCGCUGACUUCUUCUCUAUCUACAACUCCCCAGGGGAAGAGAAUAAUGUCUGACAUAUUUCCGACAUUUGGAUCAAAACCUUGUCCAACAAGACUUUCUUCUGCAAAGAAUAAAAACACUCAGAUAACUGACCAAAGUGCCAGUGCAGGGAUUACAUCUAAUGUAAGCAUAAUCGGUCAACGUAUGAACUAUGGGUUUGGCUGUGGUGAUUUUGAAGAUGACAGGUCACAUGACAUUUCACCUAGUGUUUUAAAAAUACAAAAUAAGGAACACCCAAGACAUUAUAAGCAUGGGAAAGGAUUUGCAGGGUCAGCAUCAAAUUUACAGCAGAUUUCCAGUUUUGACUUCACAUCCACAAAUAAUUUAACAGAAGAUUCAGUAGUAGUUGUUGGAAAAGGUGUAUUUGGAAGCCCAAAUUCAGCACCGGCAACUUGCAGCCAAUCAGUGAUACCUUCUGUGGAAAACGGGGAUACAGUUUCAGUUAAACAAAGUAUUGAACCACCAUCAGGGAUUUAUGGAAAAGCAGUUCAGCAAAGUAUUCCACCGUAUCUUGAUGUUGAGAAUGGAAAAGAUAUUAAAGUUUCUAUCUCAAAAUCUACUUAUGACAAGAUGAAACAAAAGAGAAAAGAGGAAAAAGAACUUUUUGACAUUAAAGACUGCGAAAAGAAGGAACAGAAUCCCUGGGAACGAACAAAACACACAGGAACUGAGAAAAUAACAGAAAGCGAAGCAUCUCCUGGAGAUCUUCCACAGUAUAAAGAAAGAAUGCCUUCUGUCACUCAUAGUCCAGAAAUAAUGGAUUUGUCAGAACUACGGCCAUUUUCCAAACCAGAAAUAGCACUGACAGAAGCCCUGAAGCUUUUAGCUGAUGAAGAUUGGGAGAAGAAAAUUGAGGGGCUGAAUUUUAUUAGAUGCUUAGCUGCUUUUCAUUCUGAAAUAUUGAACACAAAGUUGCAUGAAACAAAUUUUGCAGUAGUUCAAGAGGUUAAAAAUUUACGCUCUGGAGUUUCUCGUGCUGCUGUUGUCUGUUUAAGUGAUCUUUUCACUUACCUGAAAAAGAGUAUGGAUCAAGAACUAGAUACCACAGUAAAAGUUUUAUUACACAAGGCUGGAGAAUCGAAUACAUUUAUAAGAGAAGAUGUUGACAGAGCACUGCGAGCUAUGGUGAAUAAUGUAACUCCAGCUCGUGCAGUUGUUUCUCUUAUCAAAGGAGGACAAAGUCAUUUACACAUUGCAGUAAGAAAAUGUACAGCUCAGCACUUAUCAGAUGUGGUGGAGUUUAUGGAACCAGAGCGUAUUUUAGCUGGAACAAAGGAUAUGGCUGAUCGUAUAUUACCAGCUGCUGCUAAGUUUGCUCAGGACAGCUCACAGGAAACCAGGUAUUAUGGACGGAAGAUGCUUUUCCUCAUGAUGUGUCAUAAUAACUUUGAUAAAAUGCUUGAAAAAUAUGUCCCAUCUAAAGAUUUGCCAUAUAUUAAGGAAUCUGUUAAAAACUUACGGCAAAAGGGUUUGGGGGAGAUACCGCUAGAUACUCCUUCAGCAAAAGGAAGACGAUCUCAUACUGGCAGUGUUGGAAAUACAAGGUCAUCAUCCAUUUCUAGAGAUGCUUUCAAUUCAUCUGAAAGAGAGGUAACUGAAAUACGUGAAGUCACCCGUAAACCAUUUCCCCGUAAUUCCUUAGAAAGUGCUGAGUACAUUAAAGCCAUAACAGGUUUAUUAAAUGCAAAGGAUUUUCGUGAUCGUAUUAAUGGGAUUAAGCAACUUUUAUCAGACACUGAAAACAAUCAAGAACUUGUUAUUGGAAACAUUGUGAAGAUCUUUGAUGCUUUUAAAUCUCGACUUCAUGAUUCCAAUAGUAAAGUAAAUCUGGUGGCUCUAGAAACAAUGCACAAAAUGAUCCCUUUGCUUAGAGAUAACUUAUCUCCUAUAAUUAACAUGCUCAUUCCAGCAAUAGUAGAUAACAAUCUGAAUUCCAAGAAUCCAGGCAUCUAUGCUGCUGCUACAAAUGUUGUUCAGGCCCUGAGUCAAUAUGUAGACAAUUAUUUACUUCUACAGCCAUUUUGUACAAAAGCUCAGUUUUUAAAUGGAAAAGCAAAACAAGAUAUGACCGAAAAGCUUGCUGAUAUUGUUAUGGAACUUUAUCAAAGGAAGCCCCAUGCCACAGAACAGAAAGUGUUGGUUGUUUUAUGGCAUCUCUUAGGGAACAUGACAAAUAGUGGCUCUCUACCUGGAGCUGGAGGAAAUAUACGAACAGCCACAGCUAAAUUAUCAAAAGCACUUUUUGCACAAAUGGGUCAGAAUCUAUUAAUUCAGGCUGCAUGUCAACCACCACAUAUCAAAAAAAGUUUAGAGGAAUUACUUGAUGUCACAAUGUGAAGGAAUUAUGAAACUUUAAUGAAAUAUGGUAUGGUGAACAAAACUGUUUACAUGAUAACAAAUGGAACUUUUAAAGUUACAUUUUCAGUGCCUGCACUUCUCAUCCAGUAAAUUAAGUCAAUGGCUAUUUUUAGUUGCAGCUUAAAAGUACACAUUUGCCUCAUCACUUGUACCCAUCACACACAAACCUAAAGUAAAUAAUGUAACCUAAUAUUCAUGAAAUCUUGAGGCACAUUGAAUGAAUCCAAUUUAAUGUUUUGGAAAAAAGUCCUGCUCAUUUGCACUAUUCUAUAGAAACUACAAUUUGUUGCCGUAUAUGUACAAUUAGAUUUGUAAUUAAAAAUAUACUUUUUAUUAUGUAAUCAUGUUCUGCUAUGUCUCAUUACUUAACCUUAUUUUAUGAAAUGGAAGAUAAGUCAUUGAACUAUGUUAUCACAAACUAAGUUUUGUGUGCUAUUUUUGAAAAACAUGUGUUUCUAAAAUCAGUUUGCUAAUAUCGUGCAGUAUUAGCUUGCUUUUGCUGCUGUGUUAAUGUGAUAUAUUUGCUUACUAUUUGGGUUUAAUCAUCUACAUAAUUGUGAAAUUCAACAAAUUAUAAUAAAGCAUGAUGACCAAAGUUUUAGAAUACAUUUAAACAUUUUAAAUGUGCAGUUCACAAAACGUAUUGAAUGUAACUUCCCUAUUUUUUUGUGCAAAUACUAAAUUUUAUUUCCAUAUGUCCUGACAUUUAUAAAGGUAUUAUUUUGCUGCCCAGUUGUGUAAUUCUCAAAUAGUGCCAGGUCUUCUAUAGAUUUUCUCAGAAUUCUUGGGCUAUAAGUACUGUAUGCAUCCUAAAAAAGAACAGGAAUGUUAUAAAAUAAAGUUUUAU